UAAGAGUUGCAUAACUCGUUGUUUAUUGGCCUUUCUCGAUCUUAAAUAUCUGCAAACGACAACUCGAAGAAACACUUCUUGUUCAACUGGCAAGGUUCGUUGGCUGUUUUUGGAUUGAGCUCGAUCUAUAGCCAUGAUUCACUUUGUUCUUCUUAUUAGUCGACAAGGAAAAGUGAGGUUGACAAAAUGGUAUUCUCCUUAUUCACAAAAGGAAAGAACAAAAGUAAUCCGAGAGCUCAGUGGAGUGAUUCUCACACGAGGUCCCAAGCUUUGUAACUUUGUGGAGUGGAGAGGACACAAAGUUGUGUAUAAAAGGUAUGCCAGCCUCUAUUUCUGCAUGUGUAUUGAUCAGGAUGACAAUGAAUUAGAGAUCCUUGAAAUAAUUCACCACUUUGUUGAGAUACUGGAUCGCUAUUUUGGCAGUGUCUGUGAGUUGGACUUGAUCUUCAACUUUCAUAAGGCCUACUACAUAUUGGACGAGAUCUUAAUUGCUGGUGAACUUCAAGAAUCAAGUAAAAAAACAGUUGCACGGCUUAUAGCUGCCCAGGAUUCGUUGGUCGAGACUGCCAAAGAGCAAGCAAGUUCAUUGAGCAAUAUGAUUGCGCAUGCUACCAAAUAGAGCAUCUCAAUGUUGUUCUCAUUGUCCACAAUACAUUGCAACCUCUCUUUAUGCCGUCUGUUUUAAUACUUCUAUAUUUUUUAUUAUAAUGAAAUACACAAUUUUUCUUGUGCA